CCACAUCAAAAGGAAGAGGCGGAGAAAGGGUAAAAAUGAGGAAGCAAGUUUGUUCAAGCAUUUUUCUUCUAAUUUGCUUUCUUUUUCUUUGUUUAUGUGUUGAAGCUCAAACCUGUACGUCCAGUGGCAAGAUAAUAGGGAAAAAGCCUCCACCAGGAAAAUGCAACCAAGAGGAUGAGUGCUGUGUAGAGGGCAAGCCAUAUACAAUUUACAAGUGUUCACCUCCGGUUUCAGGGCAUACAAAGGCAACGUUGACCCUUAACAGCUUUGAAGCAGGUGGGGAUGGUGGUGCACCAUCUGAAUGCGACAAUCAAUACCAUUCCAAUGAUGAACCUCUGGUGGCACUUUCAACAGGAUGGUACAGCAAGGGGAGCAGGUGUUUGAAGUCCAUUAACAUCCAUGGAAAUGGAAAGACAGUCAGUGCCAAAGUGGUUGAUGAAUGUGACUCUAAAGUGGGAUGUGAUGCUGACCAUGCUUACCAGCCUCCAUGCCGUAACAACAUUGUUGAUGCAUCAAAGGCAGUUUGGAAAGCCUUAGGAGUGCCGAAAAAUGAUUGGGGAGAAAUGGAUAUAUACUGGUCUGAGUGAUUUCCUCCAUAUUUUAACUUAUAGUGUCUACUAGUCUUUGGAAUAAAAGGUUUAUUUCUUCUAUCAUUAAUGUGCUUUGUGUUCAGUUGUUUGUAUUUGAAGCAAUCAUCUUAUGUAGUCAUCUUUCAUAAAUAAAUAAAUAAUCUCUUA